AUGAAACUCGAUUUAAGCUUGUUCCUAGUGCUAUUUUCUUAUUUAUUUGUAAUUGUCAACUCUGCAGUUAUUAAUAGUAAGCCUUUGCAAAUUGUCGAUAUCACUAAGAAUGACAUAAGCCCGUUUGAAGAUGUCGAAGAUAAGAGAGGCCACUCAUCUGGACACUCAUCUGGCCACUCAUUUGGACACUCGUCUGGGCACUCAUCUGGGCACUCAUCUGGACAUCGUUCCAGACCUAAAACCCACUAUACUCCCAGCUCAACUUCUGGAAUUUGUAAUAGGGGGAACCAACGAUUCUACUGUGCUACUGGUGCUUUGAUUGGUUCUGCCGGUUAUGUUCAUGGGUACCACAGAUACCAUAACGGAAGUUACUAUAUUUCCAGUGCUAUGACGAGUCAUGAAAGCCCUUUAUCGUCAAUUAUUUUAGGCAUCAUCAUUUUAAAAAUCUUCUUAUGA